AUGUUAUCGGUGUUUCGGAGAGCUUUUGUCGGACGAAAAGUGUCGGUCGUCACGGGAAUCGCUGGUUAUUCAAAAGCAAGUUACGACAAGCUCGGGCUCCUAGUCCUCGGCGCAGAAGAAGAAGGAAACAGUUAUGGAAACGUUGGAGAAGACGCAUUCUUUCUGAGAAAGACACUGAGCCCAGUUGACAACUAUGGAGUCGCAGACGGAGUUGGAGGAUGGAGAACAAAGGGGGUCGAUCCUUCAGUGUUUUCAGCCACGCUGAUGCUCAUUUGUAAAGAAGAAUCUGUGAGAGUUGGAAAUCAACGCGAAUUAUUAGCGAAGGCCAUGGACAUAAUGAACGCGGUCCAUGAAUCAAAAGAAAAAGAUCUCCAAGGAAGCUCCACCGCCGUCCUUUUGUCCGUAGAUAAAGAAGAAGACCGCGUUUCUCUUGCGAAUCUUGGUGACUCCGGAUUUAUUCAUAUACGCGAUGGAAAAGUCGAAAAACGAAGCAAAGAUCAAACACACUACUUUAAUUGUCCUUAUCAACUGUCAGUCAAAAUUAAAGGAUCACAAAGUAUAUCUGACUCUCCACUGGAUGCAGAUGAAUAUGAGUUAUCUGUCCAGCCGGAUGAUAUUUUGAUCACUGCCACCGAUGGUUUGUUAGACAAUGUUCCACAGGAGAUGAUAUGUGGUAUUUUUGACGGAGUUAGUGCAGAUAAUCUCGCUGAAAAACUAGAAGAAUUGUGUCAAGUAACUCUGGCAAUUUCGCUGGAUGAAAACUACAUGAGCCCGUUCGCUCUCGAAGCAAGGAAACAAGGCUACCAGCGAGAAAAGGGCGGAAAGCUCGACGACCUGACAGUUGUUGUCAAUCUAUUCCAGCCUUAA